AUCGCAAUUAGCCUAACAGAUUCAAGACAAUUAAGAUGCGAACUCAUCUAAAAGUGACCUCUGUUACAGUAUCCCCGCAUUUGCGAUCUCCAAGCAUGCAUGCAUGUAAGUAUCAAGGUAACCUAUAGCUUGUCAGUUUUAUUUACAUUCAUUGGCUCUUCCAUAUGCUUAAAUCUUUCGGUUAAAUUAUUCGGCGAUUCCUGACCUCGUGAACCACCAUGCUUGGCCCGAGUGUGUUUGUGUUGCAGGAAUAUCAUAUCAUCGGCUCAUCUAAGACGGAAUUGAACACCAUCUAAUAUCCCGAGACACAAUGGAAUCAUCGAUGAUCAAAAGCAUUGUCACUUUUCUCGGUAUUCUCCCCGAACAAAAGUCUCUAUCUACCACGACGAAAUCACCUUUUCAAAAUGUCCACCAACGGAAAUACAUUCAACAGCAUCAUGAAGGGACACGGACACAUUCGUCUUUUCAAACUCUCUCCGCCUCCUUCUCUUGAUGCCUUCAAGAAACUUUGCUCUCAGAAAGCCACCAAAGAAGACUACCCUCUUGCUGCAGACAUCAAAGAGAACGUACCUAUUUACAAUCUUUCGAACUUCUCAACCCUUACCGAAGAUCAAAAGUCCGCUCUCCAAGACGAAUGGUACAAAGUUCUUUUGUACGGCCCUGGUGUUUUUGUCACAGCUAGUCUUUACACCAACUUGGACGUAAUCAACAAGUCAACCACCGCCUUCAAUCAUAUUAUCAAAAAGGAGAGUCAGGGUACCAAAACAGCAGGUGAUCACUUCGCAAGUGCUGGUAAAAACGAUCGAAUCUGGAACUCGUUCAGCAAACAUGGCCUUCAAGACCCAGACUCCUUCUUCAACUACUUCUCGAAUCCCUACCUGAAUCUCAUCUUUUCUUCUUGGCUUGGCCCAGGGUAUCGCAUCACUACUCAAGUCAACAACGUCCGGCCUGGAGGACAACCUCAAGUUUCUCAUCGCGACUAUCACCUAGGUUUCAUGUCUGCCGAGACCUGUGGAAAAUAUCCCAGGGUAAUGCAAGUUGCAAGUCAAUGCUUGACCCUGCAAGGCGCUAUAGCACACGUCGACGUACCUCUUGAGAGCGGCCCGACGAGACUUUUGCCGUUCAGUCAGGCAUUUGCACCUGGGUACAUGGCGUAUCGUCUCUCCGAGUUUAAUGAGUUUUUUCUGGAGAACUAUAUCUCACUACCCCUGAAAAAGGGCGAUGGUCUGUGGUUCAAUCCUGCUCUUUUCCAUGCAGCUGGCGAGAAUAAGUCUGCGGAUAUCAAUCGCCUUGUUAAUCUCGUCCAAAUCAGCAGUGCGUUUGGUAAACCGAUGGAAGCAAUUGAUGCUUUGCCACUUGUGGAGGGUACAUGGGACGUCUUGACUGCUACAUAUAGAGAGCAAGGUCUCAGUGAUGAGGUCCAGAUGUUUAUCGCUGCUAUUGGAGAAGGCUAUCCUUUCCCGACAAAUCUGGACAACAACCCUCCCAGAAACGAGAAAAUGGCGCCUGAAUCGGAGCAAGACAUUAUUCGAGUUGCAUUGGUGAACGGGAAGGGUAAGGAGGAAGUUUUAGCUGAUCUUGAAGGCUUCCGACUGAGAGUUAGAGCUUAGUUCAGCCAGCUGUGUAUUACUAUUAGUACUUUUUAGGGGUUAUGAAGCAC